CUGCUCGUCAGAGGGGUGGAUUCAUCUUUCUGAUUGGCCAGAUUUGAUAGUUUGCUGCACGUGAGAAAUCUCCUCCCUAGCGCGUUCCGACAUGUGGAGUGUACAGACACUCAGCAGCGCUACUGCAGAUCAAACAAGUCUUUAGCGUUAAAGGAUCGAGUUUAGAUUUUGGUUCAGUCAUGUCAACCAGCUGCGAAGCUUCGUCUACCUGCCCGAUUCCAAGCCGCGCCAUCCACGAGAAAAGCUGGUCUCCACUCCCGGACAGCUACAGCCAGACUCCAGGAGGAACCGUGUUCUCAACAACUCCCGGUGGAACUCGCAUAAUCUAUGAUCGAAAGUUUCUCUUGGAAUGUCGAAACUCACCAAUCGCACGCACCCCACCCUGUUGCCUCCCCCACAUUCCAGGGGUCACCAGACCCUCACUGCAACCAGCAGAGCAGGAGGAUGACAGCAAAGAUCUGUCUGUUGAUGACAGCCAGUUUGUGAUGGAUAUUUGAUGGACAUCUCCAGCUCCUGUGGAAAAAUGGACUGUCUCAGCCUGUUCUACCAGUGCUCAUGAUCUGAGGGAAGAUCCCACCAGCUCUCUUCAUUAUUGCCUCCGUGCUUUAUUUUUUUACUUUACCUAAAUAAUGAAAUGCUCAGAGCAAGUGUCUCUGUUGUGGGGAGGAGCAUUUUGAGUUUGGUGGAUAUUUUGUUGAAAAUGCAGCUUGUGCUGUUGUUUUAUCAGCAGCUGCGAUUCAGUGCCUUCCUUACUCUUCCUUUACUUUUCUUUUUUAAACAACCAUUCGGAAGGUGACUAUAUGUAAUCUACAUUUUUAAUAUCUGAGAAUAGUUCAAAUGCAGCUAUUUCAUUUUUAUAAUGGAUUAAUGACCCUAUGAGGGGCAUUUAAGAAAAUCCAGAAUGCCAGAAAUCAGCAGUUGCAGUGACAAUUUUUGUACUGUUCUCUGCAUACAAUAUGACAUUUUGGAAUAAAACUAAACAAAACACAA